AUGGCUCUUAAUGUCUUUAUACCUAUAUUACAAUUUAUAAUCUUAAACAAUGAAUCUAAAAAGGUAUUACUAAACUGCUGUUAUCGACCACCUGACGGUCUGAGAGCAAUUCCUUUAAUUAAUCGUCCAACUAGAGUAUCAGCAAACUCAGCAACUCUCAUUGAUAACAUUAUUACAACUGAUGUCUUCAAUAACAAUAUACAAAAAGGUAUAUUGACAGCAGAUAUAACUGAUCAUUUUCCAAUAUUUCUAUCAUUCAACUCAAAUUCUAAAAUUAAAACCAAAACUAAUGAUAAAAUGAGGCCGACAACGGUUUCUCACCACAUCCUUGAUUUAUAUGGUCCCAUACUCAACUUGUUUCUCCAUGCAUACUGCUUGAUUCUAAGGAUGUCUAAAAGUAAAAAAAGGUCAUACUUAGAUGAAUACAUGAGAUAUGGAUUAACCUACAUGCUUAAAGAAACCAUUAGCUACCCACAGUGUGUUAUUUGUUAUAAAGUACUAGGAAAUGACUCUAUGAAACCUUCAAAGCUUGCUAUUCACUUGAAUAAGUGCCAUCCUGAUCUCCAAACAAAAGAUACUGAUUUUUUCAAAAGAAAAUUUGAAUCACUGAAGAGAUGCAAAUUGGAUAAAACUGGGAUUAUUUACCAAACUCAACAGAAUAUAGUAGAAGCAUCCUAUAAGGUUUCAUAUAUAAUAGCACAGAACAAAAAAGCUCACACAUUGACUGAAGAAGUUAUAAUUCCAUGUACAAAAGAAAUCGUUAGAUUAUUAUUUGGAGAAGAAACUGCAAAGAAGGUAGAUAAUAUAUCUUUAUCAAAUACUACAGUCAAACGAAGACUAACGGAUAUUUCAUCAAACAUUAAAGAAAAUGUUAUUAAUGAAAUUAAAGAAUCCCCAUAUUUUUCUAUUCAGUUGGAUGAGUCCACAGAUUUUUUCAAUGACAAUCAAUUACAAUGGAAAUAUUUGUUUGGAAUUACUACUGAUGGAGCUCCUGCCAUGAUGGGUUGUAAGUCUGGAUUACAGACUAGGGUGAAAGAGAUUGCUCAAAAUGUAGUUGGUGUACACUGUUUUAUUCAUAGACAGGCUUUGGCAACCAAAACUUUACCAGGUAGUUUGAAAACUGUAUUUAAUCAAUUAGUCAAGUUGGUCAAUUAUAUAAAAUCUUCUGCUCUUAACACUCGCCUUUUUACAAAAUUUUGCUCUGACCUAAAUGCUGAACACAAUAAAAAUGAAGUGAAAGAAUUUUUAUGUCAAAUGAAAAGUGGACUGGUAGCAUAUUUUGAAUUUGAUAAUUUUGAAAUAACAAUUGCUUAUCUUGUGGACAUCGUAGGUCAUUUUAACAAGUUAAAUUUGCAACUUCAAGGCAAAAAUGCUAAUGUUAUUACACAUUCAGAUAAACUGAAGGCAUUUAUUGAAAAGCUCAAACUGUACAAGACUAGAAUUAAUAAUGGAAACUUGAUCAUGUUUCAAAAUUUAAAUAACAUAAUUGGAGUUAACAUGCUUCCUGAAGUUAUAAAGACAGAAAUAAUUUGUCACCUAGAUAAUUUGAUUACUGAAUUUGGUAACUAUUUUCUAGAUAUGAAUCUUUUGAGCAGUGAAGUUAUUAUAUCACCAUUUUCUUGUGAUGUGAAAAAUGUGAAAGAGGAAGCACAAGAAGAGUUUAUAGAGUUAAAGAAUGAUACCACGGCUAAGGAUCACUUCAAAGUAGCACCAUUAAAUAACUUCUGGUUGAAAAUGAGGAAUUCAUAUCCAUUGUGUUCAUCAAUUGCACUUAAAGCCCUUAUUCCUUUUUCAACAUCAUAUUUGUGUGAAGCCAGGUUUUCAGCAAUGCUAUCUCUUAAAACAAAAAAAAGAAAUAGACUUGAUAUUGAUGCAGAUAUUAGAUGUGCUCUAUCAAAAACUAAACCAAAUUUUCAGAUAUUAAUUGCUAGUAAGCAGUGUCAGAAUUCACACUGA